AUGUCCAAAGUACUAAGGAAGCAGAGACUAUCAAAGCCUCACAACAGAACAAACAAAAUGUACAAAAAGGGAGCAACAAAAUUCCCAAAGCCCACCGAAGAGAUGAGAGAGGGUAUUGUAUCAGAAAUAGUUCACGAGAGAGGUAGAAAUGCCCCACUUGCCAUGAUCACAAUGGUGAAUGAGGACAAGACUAUUAAGAAAGAAAAAGUAGUGUUGGUCGCAUUAGAAGGCAUGUACACUGGAAAAACAAUAUACUUUGGAGAAAAAACUCCUCUUUCUCUAGGAAACACCAUGUGCUUAAAGAACAUGCCAGAUGGUACUGUUAUUUGCUCAGUUGAGAGAGUAGUUAGGGAUGGAGGAAGUAUUGCAAAGACCAGUGGAUCAUACGCAACUGUAGUAGGAUACAACCCAGAUAAGAAUGAGUCUAGAAUAAAGCUUCCAUCAGGUAUAAAGAAAACACUGAGUGGAGAUUGCAGAGCUAUGAUAGGAAUUAUUGCCUCUGGUGGAGUGCAUGAGAAGCCUCUGCUUAAAGCCGGAAGAGCAUACUACAAACAGAAGGCUAGAGGAAAGCUUGGAGCUUGGCCAAGAGUUAGAGGUGUGGCUAUGAACCCAGUUGACCACGUACACGGAGGAGGUAACCACCAGCACAUAGGAAAGUCAUCUUGUGUCGGUAGAAAUGCACCACCUGGGCAGAAGGUUGGACAGAUUGCUGCUAAGAGAACUGGUACCGGAAGAGCAAAGACAAAGAGAUUUGAAUAAAACCUC